UACGUUAGAAUGUCGAGCGGGGGACACGUACCACUGCUAAAUUGUCCUCCCAUGGCCAUGGGUCAAAGCCCUAAUACCUUCUCAUGCCAUCUUCAAAUCUCCGCCGCACAAUGCACAUACCCAAAUCACUCCGAUCAACAAAAUCAUUUAUUGUCGAAAUUACCCUUUGCUUCUUGACCAGAAAUUCCGCCAGCAUUCCAAAUUUGCACGGGUAAUUUCGGUAUUUAACCGAAAAUAGGCUCGCGAUCGAUCCGAUUAGGGUUUCCUGCACAUCUACAUCUACCCCCUCCCGUCCAGAGUCGGAAAUUCUCAAGCGUUUCAGUUGAGCGUUUGCUUGCUUAAUCCUUUGAUCUCGGAGGUACUCUCGGGUUGUGCGGUGGAGAUUUGAUCAGUGCUGGGCUUCAUCGCCCUUUGGCCGUUGAAAUCCAUGAUCGUCAGAGUACCAUGGAUCCGUCUCCGGUGCAUACCGCUUCUACGAUCGAAGAAGACGAGUGGGACACUGAAGGAUUCGUGAUUCCAAGCUUGGGAAUAGGAGAUCCAAAUCAAAAUGAACCUAAUGUUCCAGUACCUGAAGAUUUGAAAGCAUCGUCUACGGAGGCUAAAAAAGAGGAGAAUAUUUAUCUAGGACCCCACGGUGCUCCCCCUUCGCAAUCAAAGCAUCAAGAACAAAACUCUUCUGGCCGUAAGCAGCGGUUCAAGCAGAAACUGAAGGAAGCUGAUAAGAGGAUUACUGGUCCGGGGCGAGAGAACAAGUUGGAAAAUCUGCGAGACCUGGUGGGUGGUGGAAAAGUGACUGUGAACAUGUCAAAGGGGUCUCCCCGGGAUUGGCUGGACCCACAUUGCCAUGAAUCUCAGUUUGAGAAGUGGUGCCCGCAAUAAACAUAGUUUAGGUUGAGUUCAUUUUUGUUGUGAGGUUUGAUAUUGGCAUCUACUGCUGUGAGGUUACUCUUCUCUUCAAGUUUAGAAGAUAUACUUCUGAAGUUUAUGUAUCUUGACAAUAAUUCUUCAGUUGAACCUGCUGGUACUACUAUAGAAGAUAAUAUAUUUAAGAAAUCUGAAGUGCUUUUUGUUGGUAGA